AGAAAUUGAGAGACAAAGAAAGAUGCAAAUUGGGAAAGAAAACGGCGGUGAACGUGGUUAUCAUCUUAUCCUAAACAUAGCACAUCGAAUACAAAUAGAAUAAUAAACAAAGUGCUAUUUCUGGAAAACAAACAAACACAAAAAAGACACAAUCUAAGUAAUAUACCUGUUACUAUUUUUAGGGAUGCAACCUGUUUCUGGUGGUGGUGGUGGUGGUUUGACACGGUUUAACUCAACUCCGGCGAGUUGGUUAGAAUCGUUUAUUCUUAAAGAAGAAGAUGAAGUUGAUGAAAGACAACAAGAUCACAGCUUAAGUUUUACUCAACUGCUUUCUAAUAACAACGUUGCUGCUGGACCUGGACCUGGACCUUCAACUCCUGAGUCUCAUCCAUAUUUAUCUGACUAUUACUCUUCACCACUUACUCCUACUUCUGCCAAUGUUGCUAAUAAUCCUUUCACUCAGGGAGUUGAGGAUAGUGGUAUAGCAAUUGACCUUAAAAUGGACAAGAUUUUAGAGGAUUCAGUUCCUUGUAAGAUUCGGGCAAAGCGUGGAUUUGCUACUCAUCCAAGGAGUAUUGCUGAAAGGGUUCGGAGGACUCGUAUUAGUGAUCGCAUAAGAAAACUUCAAGAACUUGUGCCAAAUAUGGAUAAGCAAACAAAUACUGCAGAGAUGUUAGAUGAAGCGGUAGCUUAUGUCAAGUUUCUACAAAAUCAAAUUGAGGAACUAUCAGAACAACAAAGGAGAUGUAAAUGCACAAUUCCCGAGUAAAUGGAUGAUUCCGUUUGCAUAUUCUCUUUUGAAUUAUCAUAAUUUUGGUGUUUUGAUGAAGAUUAACCUUAACUCAGAGAGUGAAGUUUGUGUCACAUUAUUCUGCAACAAAUACAUGCUGGGGGUGCCAUUAUCAAUUUCAUGAGGAAUCCACUUCAAAUAGAGUUCUUAGCUAGUGUGUUAUAGUUUUUUUAUAGACAUAGUUACAGUGUUGUACAACUCAAAACACAAAUCUGCUAAUAUAAUUCAGUAGCUUCUUGAGAUUUGUUUUUGCUGAGAUAUAAUUAGUCAUUAGUCAUAUGUAAAAUUCUUCAAAUGAUCAGAAGUUUAUGCAAAUUGCCGCCAUAUAGAUGAUCAAAUUUUGCAUUUGGGUUUUA